UUAUCACAUUCUUUAGCUGAAAAAAUGGCUUUGCAUAACAUUUGGAUGACAGGAGCAGCACAUGGUAGUUUGAUGAUGCUACUUCUGAUGCUCAUGCUUACUAUCAAUAAUGGAAGCAGUAUUGAUGAGUGUAGAGAGAUGUCUUGUGGACAAGACGAACCCAUAAUUCGAUUUCCCUUCCAGCUCGUUGAUGAAUCAUCGCAAGAUCAAUGUCUUUAUCCUGAAUUCUGUCUAUAUUGUACUCAUUACAAGGAAACCAUGCUUUCACUCCCUACCACUUCAGGUCCAAUCAAAUUCCUUGUCGAUGUCAUCGACUACGAAUCAAACCAAAUUUCAGUUCGGGACCCGGAAAAUUGCAUGCUCAAAAUAAUUCUGAAACUAAACAAUUCACCAUUUCUACCUUACCGAUUUUAUCCAGUAUCAGAAACAGAAACAACAGAAGUUUCUUUCUUCAAUUGCUCUUCAGCAAGGAAACAGCACUUGAGAAACUAUAACCAGAUAUAUCCUGAAUCACAAAAUAUGAUCACCUGUCCAAUUUACGUUUCUGAGUCUUCCGAAAGUGUCCUCAAAUUGGACCUUACAUCAUGUAUCAAGAUACCCAACUUGUCAAUCCCGCAGUCAUACCUGCUCGAUAAUUUUCUUUACUUGGGUUGGCUCGAACAAAACUGUACAGAGUGCGAAGUGAAGGGAAUGAGAUGCAAAUGGAAGAACAACGGCACCAAAGGCGAAACUGAAUGUUUUGAUUGCAAAAGGAAACGUAAAACAAUUCAAAUUCCAAGAUCUCUUGUAUACUCUGCUACAGGUUCAAUUCUUUUGGGGCUGAUUCUCAUUGCAUUGUUUAAAAUAUUUCUCUAUUUUAAGAAGAAAGAAGAGGAUCAAAUUAGAGUUGAUAAAUUUUUAGAGGAUUAUAGAGCACAAAAGCCGGCUAGAUUUUCCUAUGCUGAUUUAAAAAGAAUUACCAAUGGGUUUAAAGAAAAACUUGGACAAGGAGCUCACGGAACUGUGUUUAAAGGAAAACUUUCAACUGAGAUUCUUGUGGCUGUGAAGAUACUCAACGGUACUCAAGGAGAAGGAAAAGAGUUCAUCAAUGAAGUAGGAAUUAUGGGCAAAAUCCACCACAUCAACGUAGUUCGUUUGAUUGGCUUUUGCGCCGAUGGAAUCCACCGUGCUCUGGUUUACAAUUUGUUUUCAAAUGGUUCGCUACAAAGUUUCAUAUUUUCAACGGAAAACAAAGAUCAUUUCAUGGGAUGGGAGAAACUGCACCAAAUUGGUAUUGGCAUUGCCAAAGGAAUUGAGUAUCUUCAUCAGGGUUGUAGUCAUCCAAUCAUUCACUUUGACAUCAAUCCUCACAAUGUUUUACUAGAUGACUCUUUUACUCCAAAGAUUUCGGAUUUUGGUCUCGCAAAGUUAUGUUCCAAGAAUGUUAGUGCUGUGUCCAUGACAGCGGCUAAGGGAACCUUUGGAUACAUGGCGCCAGAAGUUCUGUCAAGAAAUUUUGGGAAUGUGUCUCUAAAAUCAGAUAUUUACAGUUAUGGAAUGUUGUUGUUAGAAAUGGUUGGAGGAAGGAAGAAUAUAGAUACAUCAUCUGCCGAAAAUGUCGAUGUGUUGUACCCAGAAUGGAUACACAAUUUAUUGGAAGGAGAUGUACAUAUUGAUAUUGAGAAUGAAGUUGAUUUUAAAAUUGCAAAGAAACUUGAAAUUGUUGGACUUUGGUGCAUUCAAUGGCAACCAAUAAAUCGUCCAUCAAUAAAAGCUGUUGUGCAAAUGUUGGAAACAAGAGAUGAUAGGCAGCUAAUUGUACCUCCUAAUCCUUUCCAAUCAACGACUUCCAUGACCACUAAUGAAAAAAGCACUUUGGCAAGAAGAACUUUUCAAAUGGAAAUAAUUCAGGAAUAAGGGAGCACAACCAUUUGUUAAGUCUCUUAUCAUUGAAAAGAACUGAGCAUUUUAAUUUGUAAAAAUAUAGAAGUUAUGUUUAAGUGCGUAGUAGGCUUAAACAUUAUUGCAUGAAAAAUAAUUU